UCUAGUCUAAAACCUAAUUUUGCUAUUUUUCCUUUCUCUCUCUUCCCUAUUCCAAGGCGUCUCUUCUUUCUAAGAACCUUGGCUCCUUCUCGAGGCAUCUCUCCUUCCCGAGGCGUCUCUCCUUUCCAAGACAUCUCCUUAUUCCCGAGCCCCCUCUCUCUCUCUCUCUCGCCGCCGCCCUGGGUCGGCAAGGGAGAGCGCAGCGGUGGCACUCCGAGCGCAGCGGCAUGGAGGCCGCAGCGAGGGCCGCGGGGGCGUCGAGGGCGGAGAUGUCUGCACGCAGCGGCGGCAGCAGCAGCCACGGAGGCCGCGGCGAGGGCCGCGGGGGCGUCGACGGCGGAGAUGUCCGCUGCCGAGGGGAGGGUGGACACAGCGGCGGACCGGCGGUGUUAACGGCUGGCACAAUGGUGGAUCAAGCGCCAACGGCGGCUUCAGCAACGUUGGGCGAUGUCGGCGGCGGGCACAGAAGUGGACGGCGCCGACUUGGGGCGGCGUUGGGCAACGUCGACGGAGUGAUAUUGGUGGCAGCGGCGGACGUGAUGGACGCGGCCUCGGGCGGCGACGAACAGGGAAGGGAGAAGAAGGAGUACAGCCUUCGAAGGACCCCAAACCGGGCUCCCUGCCGGCGACCGACGGCGACAAGACGGGGAUGUGAUUUGCGGCCGGAUCAGGGGGAUCUGCAUACGGCAAUGGCGCGAUCUCCGGAAUUUGCGUACGGGAUGGCGGGAUUUGUGGGAUCUCCGGCUCAGCGAGUGGCACGGAGUAGCAAGACGGUGCGCCGGUGAGAUUUGGGGUGCGGGAUUCGCGGGAUCUGUGUACGGGGUGGAUUUCUGGCAGAUCGGCGGGCUUCACAGGAUUGUUGGGAUCCGAUCAGGGGAUGGUUGUACCCUCGCGAUCUUUGGGAUUCGCGUACGGCGCGGCGGGAUUGGCGGUGCAGUGAAGGAGAAAGA